AUGUUCGGGGUGGAAUUUGAAGCGCGUUUGCCCGUCUCUCUCCUCGCUACGUGGAAUAGAUACCUCAUGUAUGAUCAAUACAGAAAUGUCUCGAGAAGAAGAAGCCUGUCCAAAAUGGAUCUGGAGUUCCGCAAUCUCACUUAUACAGUGUACAGUCGCAUAACAAAAGGAGAGCCAAGACAAGUGGUCAAAGGUGUCAAUGGGAGAUUUUUGUCGGGGCAGCUUGUUGCCAUCAUGGGUCCCUCGGGUGCCGGUAAAAGUUCACUGCUCAACGCUAUUUCUGGAUAUAGAUCAGCGGGCGUCACUGGGGAACUGCUUGUUAACGGGCAGCCACGUGACGAGCAGCUGUUCCAGAGGUCGUCGUGCUACAUCACGCAAGAAGACCUCCUGCAGCCCUACCUCACGGUGCGGGAGGCGUUGGACGUCGCGGCUAGUCUUAAGCUGUCGAAGGGCUCGGCCGCGCACUCCGAGCAAAUUCUUCAGGAGCUGGGUCUGCUGGAGCACCAGCACACGAAGACGGACCAGCUAUCGGGAGGACAGAAGAAACGGUUGUCAAUAGCUCUAGAGUUGGUGAACAAUCCACCGGUAUUCUUUUUGGACGAGCCAACUAGUGGUCUUGACACCGUCACGACAGCUCAGUGCGUCAAACUCUUGAGACAACUGGCGAGACAAGGCAGAACGGUGGUCUGCACCAUCCAUCAACCAGCUGCUUCUCUCCUUGAAAUGUUUGACCAGGUAUACGUGAUUGCUGACGGUCGGUGCAUAUACCAAGGCGACACAGACGCCAUGGUGCCGUAUCUACAAAGCGUUGGGUUGCCUUGCCCAAGACAUCACAACCCCGCUGAUUUUAUUAUUGAAGUUACCGAAAAUCAACAAAACAUAAACGUGCUGUGCCAAGAAAUCAACAACGGAAAGUUGUAUAAGUCUUCAAAAUUAGAAAUCCCUCCAAUUGAGCCUGUUAAUAGCUUGGAACUCAAAGUUUGCUAUCAAGCCGAAGACGAAAUGGGCGAGACACAAAUCGUACUAUCCAAUGAGAACCGUACUUAUAAAGGAAAACAAUACGAUGGUGUGAGAGGUUCAAUGAUAUCAAUAUCUAGUCACGAUUCACGGGACAACUCCUCUCUAGCGUGGAUGAAAGUGCAAAACUCUGACCCGAAAAUGUACCCCACAACAUAUUUUGAACAAUUCUCUAUAUUACUCCGGCGAAUGUUAAAACAAAUAAGCCGGAAUCGCCAAGCCCUGUGGAUCCAAACGGUACACCACACCAUGUGCGGCGCGUUGAUUGGGCUGUGCUUUUUCAACAUGGCGAACGACGGCACGCAGAUGUUCAAUCACUUGAAGAUGUGCGUUGGCCUCGUGAUAUUCUUCGCCUACACGCAAAUAAUGGUCCCGGUACUAGUUUAUCCGCAAGAAGUGAAGCUAGUGAAGAAAGAGCAUUUCAACGGCUGGUACAGUCUGUCGCCGUACUACGCCGCGUUGACAGUAUCCAAGCUGCCGGUACAGGUUACGCUAAACAUCGUGUUCUGUACCAUCGUAUACUUCAUGGUCGGGAUUCCAUUCAGCGCUAUGAGGUUCAUCUGUUUCUGCCUCAUAGCGAACGUUGUCUCUCUGGCGUCAGAGGGCAUGGGGAUGGCCAUUGGAUCCAUCUUCAGCGUUAGGAACGGUUGCGCCAUCGGCCCCGCGGCCAUCGCACCUUUCCUUGGCUUGGCAAUCUACGGCUUCGACUUUGCCCACCGUAUCCCUCUUCUAAUGAACAUCAUCAUGAAGACCUCCUUCAUCCGGUGUGGUGUCGUCGCCAUGGUUCUCACCAUAUUCGGUUUCGGCAGGACUCCGCUUGAUUGUAAAGAUGUUUACUGCCACUUCGCUAAGCCCGACGUACUGUUAAAGUAUCUGGACAUCGAGAAGAACUCUGUUUGGUUCGAGCUCAGUAUCAUAGUAGCAAUUAUGGUCAUGUUUCGUUCACUAUGCUAUCUCGGUUUAAAAUGGCGAUUUGCUACA